UCUGUCUUUACUCCUCAAAUGUAAAUAAAACACGUGAAAAGUGUUGUGAUAAAUAAAAACAAAUAUAAAUUUUUUAAAAUAAUAAGUUAAAUUUAAAAAAUAAUAUCCCGAGUUCUGUUGUUAGUUAAAAAAGAAUUAAAUCCACGAGGCUAGAUAAAUUAUUUUAAACAAUAUAAAUCAAAUAACAAUUAUAACCUAUAAAUAUUCAAAUUAGAAAAAAAAAUCCAAUAAAUAAAACUCAAAAAAAAUGUCUAAGAGUGAAUAAAAUAUACUCAAGAAUUUAAACUUAAAUCUUUAAAUACAAAGCUUCCUCUUAAGGAAGCAAAAUCCCUUUUAAAAAGUUUGGUACAUAACCUCAAAAAAAUUUUAAAUGACACGUGAAGUGAUCAAUACAGUAAUAUUUUGCGAAUAUUAAUUAAAAUAAAAACUUUUUUACUAUAUUAGACGUAAGACUUUUUUUAGAAAAAAAAUUAAUUAUGAAUUUUACAACGGAUUGCCUUGAACAAUGUUCUCCACGAAUUGGAACAUUAUCUGGAUUCAAACGAUUUCCAGGAACAAAAUUUACAACUCCUCUUUUACUAAUGUACACAAGGAGGGGUAGUAUACCUCAUUUAACAAAGGAAGUACAACGAUUGACAGGAGUAAAUAUUCAACAACAAUUACUAUCAAUUUCAUUACCAUCAAUUAUCUCUAUGACUGAGGUUAUAAAACAAUACAAUUCUUUCGUAGAAUUUGUAAAAAUGCAGGAACAUUUGACAUUUCUUACAAUUCAAGAUCCAAAUGAAUUAACAAACAAGGGAUUUCAACAAACUGAUUCAAUUUCCGUUUGGUCUCGACACGGAAGACAUACUCUAAAUGCUGAGGAAUAUAUGAACAUUGUCGAUGUAAUAAAACCAGAUAUCUACCUUGCAUUAUGUGAUGGUGACACUGAUUGUCAUAGUACUGCAAAACAUGUACAAAAAUCUGUGAGACGUAGUGAAAAUUUACUAAAACAAUGUUUAGCACGACAUAAUAAUUCGGAAACAUUAAAAUUUAGCGGAAUUCUAGGAGCAGUGGAAGGUGGUUAUGAAAUCAAUGAGAGGGAAAGAUGUAUAAAUUAUUUAAAAAAUCACGAUUCACUACUUGGUUACGUUAUUGAUGGUCUUCAUCGAAAUGGUCCCAAGACUGCCACAAUUAAAUAUGAGGAGAUUGAGAAAAUUCUUCAACACACUAUCAAUAUGCUACCAAAGGAAAAACUACGAGUAACAAUGGGAUGUUGGAAUCCAACGGUUGUUUUAGAUUUAAUAGGAUUAGGAGUGGAUGUAUUUGAUUCAUCAUACGUUUCUUUAAUGACAGAUCAAUUAAAAGCCAUUACCUUCCCACUUGAGAGCAAUUUACAGCAAAAUGAUGAAACUCCACCUGAAAUAUCACUUAACGAAAAACGGUACGCUGAGGAUUUUUCACCGAUUUCUCCCGAUUGUAUUUGCCUAACCUGCAAACUUCACACAAAAGCCUACAUUCACCAUUUAUGUCAAGCAAAAGAAUUACUCGCACACGUACUUCUAAUGAUACACAACACUCAUCACUAUAUUCAAUUUUUCGAAGCAAUACGAACCAAUUUGACAAAUGGAACAUUCCCCAAAUUUCGCAAAAAUAUUCAAACUCGAUAUCAAUUAAUAUUAUGAUGAUAUCAAUUAUUUUUCUUAUAAUAAAAGACA